AUAUAUAGUAUGUAUUUUCUUUACAGCACAUGUCAAUUUGAUCUGGACAUAUUUCAAGUGCUCAAUAUUACAUGUGGCUAGUGGUUACCGUAUUGACAAUGCACCAUUAGAGGAAAACGUUGAGUUUGUUUCUAAAAAUAUAAAAAUAUUGAAAUGAUUCAAUAUCAAACUUCUCAGGAUUAUCUUGCUUUCUUAGAAAUGAGAGGCUUCCAACUUACAGUGGACAUUGCUUACUAUAUUCCAGACAGAAUAAAUAUGUGGGGAGUAAAUACCUGACCUUAAUGUAAUGCCUAUUGUUUAAGAGUGCUCUCCCAUACACUAUGCUUUUCGAUCCUGGUCAUGGUUCUGAGAAUAGGGAGAAAUGAAGUUCCAUUUACUUUUGAGGAAGCAGGCCCAGAAAGUGCAUGAAAUCCUGCUCUUUAGACUCCAAGUCUCAUGAUCCAACUGCAGAUCACAAUCUAGGGUACAGUUACCAAAUAACGAGCAAGCCACGCCAGUCAAAAUAUAAUGUGUCCUGGCAUGUUCUUGCCAUUUUUUUUAAAGCAUCUGUUUUGUGGGUGUCUGGAAGGGCUCAGACUAGUCCCACAUCUCCAUUUUUUUUGUUUGUUUGUUUGGAUCCGGGAUAAAAUGAGAACAAAGUUUUUUAUGUUUAGGAAUAUUCUGAUUCAUCCAAGGUGGCGGUGGGAGAGAUCCUCAGGACUGCCACCCACAUGUCUUCAAGUCCAACAACUAUCCCACUCCCGCCGUGAGACUGUAAAAUCAAUUACAUACAUCAUUUCACCAUAGGUCUUUCAUAGCCCUCAGAAAAACACUCAGCUAGUUAUUCUAGUUCUAAGCUAGGUGAAGAAGUAAGUCAUCUCUUACCCUAACACAAUUAAUUUAUAUGACACUGUCACUUUUCAAGUCACCCCUUCAGAGCAGUAAAUACACCAAUAUUGUUUUCUUGGGGAAUCUUUUGUUGUUCAGGUUAAAAUAAUCCUGUUCACAUUAAUGUACAAGGCUACAUAGAUGAAUUUAGACUAAUUUCUAUUAAUUAGUAAUGCUGCCCUUAUGUUUUCGGUCACAAGCCACGUGAGAAGCACACCCUUUUGGCAAUAAUCCGUCAGGGAUUUAAACAAUACUCGAACAAGUUUCUACUAUAUUAUUUUAAACAAUUCUUCCCCGCCCCUUACUCCGUGUGUUUUAUUACUAUUUAUUAUUUUCCCAGUUCUUCAAUUGCUGAAAUUGUAGCUGCUGAGACACCUUCCAUAGGCCAGGAGCUUUACCACCAAACCUGGAUUUCACCUUGUAGACGGCCGCAUCACCUGGUGCAGGUGGUUCGGCUUUGGUUGUCACUUAUAGAGGGGAGGGUCGUCGGAAGGCAUCGGUAAAAGACGAAUCUUGUGAAGCCAAAACUCCCAGUCCGCCAGGCAGUCGGGUGACUAGUCAUUUCCGGGGACGGACAGAGAGGGCGCCCUUCCACGGCCGCGCGCACGGCCCUGACGCGGCGGUGGGACAGGCGGGUAGGAACACUGGGGGGUUGCUCGUGGCGAAGUCUAGUUAGACGUAAGGACACCGGACAAUAAACGAGUGUCGAGAGAGCUGGAACGGACUGAAGUGUGUAUGUCUCUUGUGUGAUUCUUCAAACUUUACCUGCCAAACAGAAGGAGCAUGUUGGGCAUCAGUUAUGCUAACCAAUGGAAAAGAACAGGUGAUCAAAUCCUGUGUUUCCCUCCCAGAAUUAAAUGCUCAAGUCUUCUGUCAUAGUUCCAACAAUGUUACCAAAACUGAAUGCUGCUUCACAGAUUUUUGCAACAACAUAACACUGCACCUUCCAACAGCAUCACCAAAUGUUCCAAAACUUGGACCCAUGGGACUGGCUGUUGUUAUCACUGUGCCUGUUUGCCUCCUGUCCAUAGCUGCCAUGCUGACAAUAUGGGCAUGCCAAGGUCGACGGUGCGCCUACAGGAAGAAAAAGAGACCAAAUGUAGAGGAACCACUCUCUGAAUGCAAUCUGGUAAACGCUGGAAAAACCCUUAAAGACCUGAUUUAUGAUGUGACCGCCUCUGGUUCUGGCUCUGGUCUGCCUCUGUUGGUUCAAAGAACAAUUGCAAGGACGAUUAUACUGCAGGAAAUAGUAGGAAAAGGCAGAUUUGGUGAGGUGUGGCAUGGCAGAUGGUGUGGGGAAGACGUGGCUGUGAAAAUAUUCUCCUCCAGAGACGAAAGAUCGUGGUUUCGCGAGGCAGAAAUUUAUCAGACAGUCAUGCUGCGACACGAAAACAUCCUUGGUUUCAUCGCUGCUGACAACAAAGAUAAUGGAACUUGGACUCAACUUUGGCUUGUGUCAGAAUAUCAUGAACAGGGCUCCUUAUAUGACUAUUUGAAUAGAAAUAUAGUGACCGUGGCUGGAAUGGUCAAACUGGCACUUUCAAUAGCUAGUGGUCUAGCUCACCUUCAUAUGGAGAUUCUUGGUACACAAGGCAAACCUGCUAUUGCUCAUCGAGAUAUAAAAUCAAAGAAUAUUUUAGUGAAAAAAUGUGAAACUUGUGCCAUAGCAGAUUUGGGGUUGGCUGUGAAGCACGAUUCAAUACUGAACACUAUUGACAUACCUCAGAAUCCUAAAGUGGGAACCAAGAGGUAUAUGGCUCCUGAAAUACUUGAUGACACAAUGAAUGUGAAUAUCUUUGACUCCUUCAAACGAGCUGACAUCUAUUCUGUUGGUCUGGUCUACUGGGAAAUAGCCCGUAGGUGUUCAGUUGGAGGAAUUGUUGAGGAGUAUCAGUUGCCUUAUUAUGACAUGGUGCCUUCAGAUCCCUCAAUAGAGGAAAUGAGGAAGGUUGUUUGUGACCAGAAGUUCCGACCAAGUAUCCCAAACCAGUGGCAAAGCUGUGAAGCACUCCGCAUCAUGGGGAGAGUAAUGCGUGAGUGUUGGUAUGCCAACGGGGCAGCCCGCCUAACUGCCCUUCGUGUUAAGAAGACUAUUUCUCAACUUUGUGUCAAAGAAGACUGCAAAGCCUGAUGAUGAUGAUUGUGUUAAAAAGAAAUCUCUCACAGCUUUCUCUCCCAUUUCCCUCUUUAUGUGAAUGUUUUGCCUUUUUUUGUUGUUGUUGUUCUACCUCAAAGAUAAUGCAGUACAGUAUUUAAGUGCCCGUAGGCAGCAUGAAAAGAUAACUCUAAAGUUAAGCAUGAGCAGGAGUUGACUUCAUCCCGUCUCCGUGUUGUGUUUAAUUUUAUUUUGAAAAGCAACACGUUAACUCAUCUUUUUAUUUAGUAAGAAAGAAUGAUAUUAUGAAAGUGUAAAAUAAGCUGUGUAAAAAUAAUAAAGUCAUUAAGGUUUUAUUUUACUUGAACCAAGAGCACAUGAAUGAAUAAAAAAAUGUAAAAGCCUUCUUUUUUUCUGAGAUGAGAACAUGUUCAUGAAUGUGAACUAGAGCAUGUUAUAUGAAAACAGAACUUUAGGUCAUGCAAUCUAUGGUUUUCCCUUUUUAAAUUAGCAGGACCUUUUUUAAAAAUAAAAGUUGCUCUAAAUUCUAAUAUAUAAAACAUGUAGAAGUGGAGCUGCUCAGUGGAAGAUGUGAGGUCAGAGUCCUACUUGCUUGGUCCACUUCCCUCUGUUCCCCUACUUUCAUAAUUCACUACUACAGCAGUCCCUGGGCAGAUAGUUUGAAAACCACUAACCUUAACUUCCUCCUAUUUACAAAAGAGACACCUGAUAUUGUGGGACACUGGGAAAUGUCCCAAAGUCAUGCAGCUAAUGGCAGAGCUGGCACUAGGUCCAAAUCUUAGGAUAAUCAACACUGUAGAGUUAGCUAGCCUCCUACUUUCCCUUGAAUUCCCUUAGUUCUUUCCUCCCUAUGAAAAAACAUCUUUUAUUAUGAUAUUUGUAGUUUAGUCAUUCAGAAGUCACAUUGAGUUAUUUUGCAGAAUCACAAUGUACCUGCAUGGGAUCUCAGACUCAUAUCUAUUGACAUUUUUCUCAUAGAAAUAUCAGUUACCCCAUUUGUUAGUGAAUAUUAAUGUUUUCUAAAUACCUGCACAGAUUAAUCAGAUAUAACUAUCCAUUAUCUGAAGACGUCUUUAAGAUGUAAUUCAGAGGUCUCUAUUACUUUUGCACAUACACAUUUAGAAAGAAAGGGACAGAAAAGGAACAGGAAGCAAGGAAAUAUUUUGAGGAAAAUGAAAACUCUUCAAUGAAGUGUAACAACCAAACCCUACAGAGGGUAUCAGCAACAGUAAAUAGAUAUUUCUCUACCCUUUCAAAAUGAGCAAGUUGGUGCAGAAAGAUGCCCAUGAUGGUUUUGCUUUCAUUCUACUUUCUGUGGAGACAGAGUGACGAAUAUUUAAUGGGACAUUAAAUAUGUCCUUCAAAUUUAUAAUACCGCUUUGGUGAAAGAGAUUUAACAUGGUGUCUUUUAUUAUUCUAAAACAUUUUUUUUCCAAACUCUGUUUCUUAGAACAUUCUCCUGCUGAGAUGAUCCAAGACCAAAAGUAUUCUUUGAUAGCUUCUUAGAAAGUAAUACUGCACAUUAGCAUAUAAUGUACAUUGAGGAGUAAAGUAAAUGUUAACAGUAAAGAAAUGUUACUUGAUUUUCUAAAACAGGAUUUCUCAAAUUAUUUGAUCAUCAUGGAACCCUUUUAUUAGGAGGAGGGGAAAUAUUUUUAUGAUCCCACAUUUAAGUGUUCUAUAAAGUGCAACUUGAGUAACAGUGUUCUGCUGGAUAUACCUAUGUAUUUUCACAUAGAGCAUAAUUUAGUGAUUAUAUUUCAGUUCACUAUGGAAAUAUGUUACUGAAUCCAUCUUCAUUUGACUAAGUUGAAAAUAAAGAAGGCAAAAAAAAAAAUACUGACAGCUAUGGGGUUUUGCAUAUACUUCCAUUCUCAUUCAUGCAUUCAUCCAUUUAUUAAAUAAUCACGGGGCACUUCAUAUCUUGCUUGCCACAAUAUUAGAUGCAAGAGAGAAUAAAAAAAUAGAGAGGUCCUGCCCUCAGGGAUUUUAAAAUCUAAUUUGGGAAUAGGAACAGGGAUGUGAGUGUGUGGGGGAAGGAAGUAAAUUGACAGAUAAAAUACAAAGUGGGAUGUCUUGAGUUCUGUGUGACAGUGGGUUUCUAGAAUAGGUUGAAAAUCACUUUCAAUCUGCAACACAUUUAGAAAGUAUCUUUAUUUGGAUAUUAGAGAUAAUCUAAAUAUAUCAUCAGUUUUAAGAAGUGCCUAUUGAAGGGAUUUUUUAAAAGAGCUUAUUUAAAAAGGGGUAACCUUGCUUGUGCUUGCUACCUUGAUUUCUCAUAGAUUGUUUCUGCAUAUAUGAAAAUAAAAUUAUUUAUUUAAUAUUUACUAUGGUUGUACUCUAGUCUCAAAUAAACAAAAAUAAUAUUUUCUGUUUUAUUCUCUUAAAUACAUAUUCACUUUAUACUUACUGAAUUUUUAAGAGAGGAAUUUUUAACAUCUCCAUUUUCCUUAUGUUUUAUAGUUUACUAAGAAUGUCUAAAUGUAAUUUCACAUUUUAUCAGUUCGACUUUCACUCUGGAGAAAUCAGUAUGGUUGUACAUUUUGAGGUACAUUUUUUUGUUCUUGCGUUGGUUAACUAUAACUCUUAACUGAAUAGUCUUAUAUUUCAAUUACAAAAUACAUUUUUUUUAAGAAAGGGGGUAGAGCAACAAAAAUGAUGAGGAAAUGUUAAAAGCUGUAAUUUUUCUUAAACUCUCAAUAGGAUUAUGCAUAGAAAAUGCUCACUUAUAAAAAUAGGAUAAAGUUGAGAGCAUAAGGCAGAUUUACUGUAUAUACCUAUGCUGUUAAGUUUUAUAUUAUUUGUUUUUAAUGGAGUCCCAUUGUGCAAUAUUUACUCUUUUAAAUUCUGUUGUGAGCAAAAAGUAUUCUUCUUAGGUUAGCCUCAAACUAUCAGUGUCCUUUGCUCCUUUCAGAUAUUUGGGCAUUUGGUCAUAAUGCAAGACUGGGGAAAAUGCUAUUAUGAAUUUUCAGUACUGUAUGAAGUAGAAAUGGGAUUUAUAUGCAGCAUCACUUUCUGAAAAUAAGAGAAACAUUAUUUGUUGUCAAUAUCUCAGCAUGAACUUGUUGCCUUGUAAGUUAUGCGUUUAAGUUUGUAAUUGGUACAGAUUCUGUUGUAUGCUUUCUUCUAUGUCUAAAAUAUUUGGCAUGUCACAUCUAGAAUUCUUAAUUUAUGUUCUGACUUGAGAGUUAAGUGAAACAUGACUGUCGUGCACUAUUUUAGGCAUAGCACUUGCUUUUCAUCUUUAUACUUUCAAUUAACUUUGCAUUUUAAAUUUCCAUGAUUGUAUGAAAAUAGUAACCUGGUUGCAAGUGUCUGAAAAAUUCAAAAUCAGCUUUUAUUUAAAAAAUGAAAUCUACAAUAGAUUCAUUAGGUUCAAAGUUCUACAAUAACUUAUUAUUUUAAUAGUUCUAUUGUAGAAUUACCAAACAAAAGCAAAACAAAACGACUUCUACUAUCCUAAAAUUUUGCCACCAUGUGAGUUACUGGGGCAGAGAAAACUCAGGGCUGUCUUGGAGUCUAAGCCAAAGUACCAGGGAACCUCCUUAGCAAAUAAGCUGAAAGCAGGGAUCUGACCUUUGACAUUAUAUGCAAAGUUUGAGUGAACAACUUAAAAUUGCUUGUUAGGGGAUGGUUUUUGAUUGAUUAAAAUAAAUGUGAAAAUGUGUUUGAUUAAAUAAAUUUAUUUAAAAUGUGGAGAUUUUAUUUUCCAUCAGGAAAUUAAUAGUAGCAAAUGGAUAAAAGUUGGCAGUUGAUGUCUUCAAUAAUCAUUCCUUUAAAUAAGUUCACAAAUACAACAUUAUAAGCUACUUAGAAAUGUUUAGUAUUAGUAUCUUAAAAUGGUGCCAUUGUGGCUUUCAAAGAUAUGCUAAACCUCUUUUCUUUUGUGAAACAUACCACUUCUGUGUUUGGCAGUGCUUUGUUCUAGCUCCAUAUGGUAAUGCCUACCUGGACUUUAUUCACUAUUUUAAUGACAACAGUAAUCCCUUUGAUCUUGAGAGCUUCUUGUAAACAACAAAAAAAGUAGGUUGGAGUGUAAAAUUUUCAUAAAAAUUUUAAUAUUAAGUAGAAUUUUUAUA